AUGCAAAAUCAAUUGUUUCUCUCUCUCUCUUUCACUCUCUCUCUCUCUUUUUCACUCUCUCUCUCUCUUUCACUCUCUCUCUCUCUUUCACUCUCUCUCUCUCUCUUUCACUCUCUCUCUCUCUUUCUCUCUCUCUCUCUCUUUCACUCUCUCUUUUACUCUUUCUCUCUCUCUUUUACUCUCUCUCUCUCUCACUCAAACACACACACACACACUUUUUGGCUAAACUUUUGUGUUGCUGAUGGUGUAGGAGGUUGGCGGAGUUAUGGUGUGGAUCCCUCCACAUUUCCAUGUACUCUUAUGUCCACGUGUGAGCGUAUGGUCAAGGAAAACAAAUUCCGUCCACAGGCACCUGCAAGCAUCAUUACAGACAGUUAUUAUGAGCUGCUGGAACAAAAACAGCCCUUAGUGGGUAGCAGUACAGCAUGCAUAGUUGCCCUUCAUCGGCAGGAGCGAACCAUUUACACAGCAAACCUAGGAGACAGUGGGUUCUUAGUCAUUCGCCAUGAUGAAAUUGUCCACCGAUCACAAGAACAGCAGCAUUACUUCAAUACUCCAUUCCAGUUAUCAGUUGCACCCCCACCACAACAGGGACAUGUCAUAAAUGACAGUCCUGACAUGGCUGAGAGUUCUUCUUUCGGUGUCCAAGAAGGUGACAUCAUCCUUUUGGGAACAGAUGGUUUAUUUGACAACAUGAAUGAAGACAUGUUGCUAGAUUAUGUCUCGAAAUUAAAGGACCACAAGCAGGACAAUGUACAAAAUACUGCCAGUAAAAUAGCAGAAGAAGCCCACCAAUUGGCCUUUGAUCCUGAUUAUCUCUCACCCUUUGCUCUUACAGCCAUUGAUGCUGGCAUAGAAUUACGUGGUGGAAAGCCAGAUGACAUCACAGUGGUAGUUGCUCGUGUUGCCAGUCUUACAGAUAAUGAGCAGAGACAGCUCGUAUAA